AUGGACGAAGACGAAGGACAGACUAUUCACAGUGACUGUCGCAAGUCAGUCGCUGGCGAUCGACGGUACUCGAAAUAUUUACAAAUUAAUUUUGGCACAAGGCAGGAAUACGAAGAAAUCGACGGACCGGGCCGUACACGAAGCCCACACCGAAGCAAGCUCGUGAUUGCGACACUUUCCACGUUGCUAAUUGCUUUUGCUAUCGUCACUCUAGCUACCAGACUCGUCGGCUUGCCCAGAUUGGUGGCGGAAUCGCAAGAUUCGUUGACGAAUCUGGUCCCACUGAUCGCUCCGGAACUCGACUAUGGAGAGGAAAGCAACGAAGAACGAUUCCAGCGAUGUCAGGGAAUCGACUGGGAACAGGCGUGUCGGAAUUUGGCGGGAGGGGCUGGGGCACGCCGGAGACGCCUAGUAGUGGAAAACGAUCACCCCGCCGCACCGUUCGUGGCCUCCGAUUUGGAAGAAGCCUACCUCCUCGAUGUCGAUGAUCCGUCGGUCGUCUACGAUGAGCACUGCCUGCGAGUCUACCGCCUCGAUUUACUCCAAAAUAUUACCUUCCCCUACCACGCCAACAACUUACUCAGGGCUGGCGGAAACCAGACCAUGACACUCUUUAUCCAACACGGUGCCAUGCGGGACGCCGACAAAUACUUUUGCUCGUUCCGACAACUCAUGAAAUCGCAAACGUAUCGGCCGUUCGACGACAUUCUCAUCAUUGCGCCCGAUUUUAACUACAAGCAAGACGUUGGCGUACUCCCAACGGACGCCUUUUGGAACUCAUCGAAACCUACGGGAGACUGGAGAGGCGGUGCACAAUCCGAUCCCGAAUGCUGCAGCAGCGAUCUGACUCUUUCGAGUUACGAAAUCUUGGACCACAUGCUGCGUAUUUUGACCAGCAAAAAACUAUAUCCGCGAAUGGACAAGAUUUCAUACGUGGGUCAUUCAGCGGGAGCGCAAAUGGUGCAGCGUUACGCGCUUACGAGUCGAUUGGCGGCCAAACAUGAUGCCCAUAACGAUGCGGUUGCACUGGAGUUCGUCGUAGCCAAUCCCAGCUCUAUUCCUCACCGUCUUGGUGUUCCCACGACAAAGAAGGGUACAGAGGCGCAAUAUGAGCAGUGGGUCUGCGCGGACGGUUCGUAUAACUCAUGGCCGUACGGAAUUGACCUGGAACGAAAAGAGUAUUUACCGCCGUACAUUCUAAAUGCAGACAUGGAACGUGCCGUCCGACUGUACAGACAACGCAACGUGAUCUACAUGGUUGGUCAAAAUGACACUUGCAACGAUGGCUUGCCAACCUGCGAUUCGAGUUGCUGGAAACGCCUUGACUUUCUGCCGGGCGAAGAACCAUGUUUUCGCAACCAUAUGGACAAUCGAUGCCCCGCCAUGCUGGAAGGCCCCAAUCGUCGCACACGGGGUCUCCAAUACAUGGACUAUUUGCGAGAAAUCUACGGGAAUCAUACACACGUUCUACAUGUGAUUGAUGGAGUAGGUCACAACGCCACAGCCAUGUUUAGUUCAACUGUGGGUCUGCUGGAACUGUUUGACUAG